AUGGUGGCCAGUACUGGCGGCGUCAAUCCUAAUGUGGAGGCAACAGCGUACAUCAGUGCCGUUGCCGCGUUCGCCGUUGUGCUGCUCGUGCUGUUGCUGUUCCUGGGAAAGAAAUGGUGCUAUACAGUUGCUGCUAAUCGUAAACGCAACGGAAUCCUCAAUGUGAACGUAGCAGUCGACCCUCCUGGGCUUCCCCUCGACAAUGCACAGUUCGAUACUUUGUCGAAAAGCAUCCAAUACCCCGAACGCAUAUUCACGUUUGAGGCGUCGGACUCUGACGAAGAGCUGCGCUUACGCAUACAACAGGAUAAGGAGGGAGUUGAGUGUCACUAUGAGGAAAAGAAUGAGAACCAGCCGAAAGUUGAAGUAGAUAUUAUUGAAAAUGCAAUAAGGGAGACGAGCAUUCGCGAAACGAAGAUAGAUGAAAUUGUGCCGAAGAGAGCGGACUACAUCCACACUUUGGAAGCGCAGAGCAGCGUUGAUAGCGAUGUCAUUGCGCAUAAUGACACAUCUCUCCUCUGCGGCGAGAGUGGUAGCUCAACCGAACGAGGUUCAGUUGAGCUCACGCUACUUUACGAUGCGCCCGUUCGAAGUAUGACCGUGCACGUUCUGCAGGCACGAUCUUUGCCGCAGCGCACACCAGGACAGGUGUUACAAAGUCAGGUCCGAAUUGUACUCCUCCCAUUGAAGAAACAAAAAUACAAAUCGAAAAUUCGCAAUGGAGAGAAUCCACAGUACAUGGAAAGCUUCGUUUUACACAAAAUUAAUCCAGAGGACGUACACGGCCUCGGGAUGCGCAUACGCAUCUACGGGUGCGAACGCAUGCGACGUCAACGCUUAUUAGGCGAAGCUAGUGUUAGCUUUGCCACUCUUAACUUUGAGCUGGAGAACAGCUUGUGGCUACAACUUAUGCCGAGGCAGCAUCACCAUCAUCAAGCUAGUUUGCAGCUACCAAAGCUGGAAUCGAAUCAGUCAGUUGCUGGAGUGUUGGCGACUCCGUCAUCUGUGACAACAGUGAUGACACCAAGUGCUGGUGGUGGCGAGGCUUGCAGUCUCGCACGAUCAGAUUCAGCUUCCUCAUGCUGCAGCACCAGAUCAGCUCCGGAGCUUUUGCUUGGGUUACAGUAUAAUCCCACGACUGGUCAUCUUUCUGUGGAGAUUAUAAAGGGUACACACUUCCGAAAGCUGUCACCGAACAAAGCCCCGGACACAUACGUGAAGCUCUGCCUCAUCAGCUCUUUGGGAAUGGAGAUGGGACGAUGCAAGUCGACCACGCGACGUGCACAAUCAAACCCGUUAUAUAAGGAAGUUUUCAUAUUUCAGGUGGCACUGUUUCAAUUGACAGAAGUGACACUUAUGGUAUCUGUAUGGUGGCGACGAAGCGUGAAACGAAACGAAAUGGUCGGAUGGUUCUCACUUGGACAUAGCUCAUCUGGGCGUGAGCAGGAACGACAUUGGCAAGAACUAUGCGAAAGACAAGGACAACAGGUACAACGUUGGCACGUUCUGCUCGACUCCUGA